UCUUCAGGGAAAUGAGCUGACAGCAGUAUACUACUCUGACCUGGCGGGCCUCAGCCAGCUGCGGAUCCUGCAGCUUCACGAUAACAAGAUUCAUACCAUAGAACGUGGCGCCUUCCAGGACCUCCAGCAGCUGGAACGACUACGUCUCGACAACAAUCGGUUGCAGCACCUUCCUGACAACCUCUUCACCAACUGCCCCGGUCUUUACAAACUAGAGCUGAACCGCAACCAGUUGAAGAUUAUCGCCAAGAAAAUGUUGAAGGGUCUCUCUCAGCUGCGCUACCUGCAGCUGGACGAGAACCAGAUCACCUGCAUCGACGAGCAGGCUUUCAGGGGCCUCGCACUUCUCGAAAUACUAACACUGACCAACAACAACAUCACAACAUUGUGGCGUGGCACCUUCGAGUCGACGCCACGGCUGCGCGCCCUCAGAGUCUCUGGUAAUAAGUUGAUCUGUGACUGUCACCUGUCAUGGCUGGGUCGCAUGCUGGCCGCUGCUCCUCACCUCGCCCCGUACGUCCGUUGCUCAUCCCCCUACAGACUCAAAGACAGGCUCGUCACUGAGGUUCUCGACAGUGAAUUCAAGUGCACUGGUUUAGUUGACAGUGUGGACCGCGGGUGCUCGCUGGCUCCGCUGUGUCCUCGGGCUUGCCGUUGCGGCGCUGGUAUCGUCGACUGCCGCGACACAGGCCAGACGGAUGUUCCUACACACAUCCCAGACGACACUAUCGAACUGCGUCUGGAACACAACGAGAUCCGUCACGUCCCUUCCAAGAUCUUCACUCCCUAUCGCCUGCUGAAGCGCAUUGACUUGAGCAACAACGAGAUCACAGAGGUGGCCGAGGACGCUUUCCACGGUCUCGACAGUCUUAACUCCCUUGUGCUUUAUGGCAACCAGAUCACCAGCAUCUCUUCCAGACUACUGAGGGGACUCACCAAUCUGCAGCUCUUGCUACUCAACGCCAACAAGAUCGAGUGUGUCCACGUUGAUGCCUUCAAGGAUCUCCGAAAACUAAGUCUCCUGUCGCUGUAUGACAACCAGAUCAUGUCUUUCGCUAAUGGUACCUUCAGCCCACUCAUCAACAUCCAAACCAUGCACUUGGGAGCCAACCCUUUUGUGUGUGACUGCAAUUUAGCUUGGCUAGCUGCCUAUCUGGCUGAGAAUCCAAUUGAGACUUCAGGUGCACGCUGCCAGGAACCAACUAAGCUAUCCAGAAAACCCUUUGGCAGACUUAGGCCAGAGGGCUUCAAGUGUACAAACGAAUUGAGGGCCAAAUACAAUGGUCGAUGCAAUGAAGUUGAGUUAUGCCCAAGCCAGUGCCACUGUGAAGGAACCCGGGUUGACUGCUCAGGACGUGACCUGACCUCUGUACCAGAUGACUUGCCUGCUGUUACUACUACUCUAGACCUUAGCUACAACCAGCUGUUUUCCCUGGAUGGGUCUUCAAGCAUUCGGCGACUAAAGGAACUAAAUCGUUUGGAUCUUUCUCAUAAUCGUCUUACAAGUUUGAGUCCUGAGUUCUUCAGAGGUGCACGAGCACUCACUCAUCUCAAUGUGUCCCACAACAAACUGGUACAGAUGCCUGAGAGCGUAGUGCGAAGGGUCAAGGCCCUGACCCAGCUUGACCUAGCAGGGAACCACAUAUCCUGUCUCUCCAGGAAGAUGAUGGAGCAUCUACCAGCACUUACUAAUUUAGAUAUAUCGUCCAACCCUCUAAACUGUGACUGCCGAGCUUUGUGGCUGGCAGAGUGGGCACUUCAGCGAGAGGAAGCCAUUCCUCCAACCUGCCACCUUCCAGCACCAUUCAGGGGCACUCCUAUCACAAAAAUUCAGAUGCAGCUACUCACAUGCUCUGGUGAAAAUGACAAUGAUGAGGACUGUGUUGGAUCUGUGUACUGUCCACCAGAGUGUCAGUGUCGGGGCACAAUUGUUCGCUGCUCUAGGGCCCACCUCACACAAAUACCCAGAGGCAUUCCACCUGAUACAACAGAGCUGUACCUGGAUGUCAAUGAAAUUAAAACAAUUGAUCCUGAACGUUUAAAGCAUCUUAAGACCUUGAAAAGGCUUGACCUCAGCAACAACCAGAUCACUAUUCUCUCCAACAAAACAUUCUCAGAACUCUCCCAGUUAUCUACCUUGAUUGUGUCAUACAACAAGCUAGGAUGUAUGGAGAGAGACUCCCUUCUAGGCCUGAAGUCCCUCCGCAUCCUCUCUCUCCAUGGCAAUGAUGUUUCCUUCAUCCCUGAAGGCACAUUUAGGGAUCUUGAGGCAAUUACUCACAUAGCUCUGGGGGCUAACCCGCUGUACUGUGACUGCUCGAUGGCAUGGCUUGCUAAAUGGGUGGGUGGGGAUUAUGUGGAGCCAGGGAUUGCCCGUUGUGCUGACCCAAGAGCAAUGAGGGACAAACUAGUACUUACAACGCCACCAGAGAUGUUCGUCUGCUCAGACAGAGUGCCUGAUGAAGUCUUAGCAAAAUGUGACUUUUGUUACACUCGGCCCUGCCAAAAUGGAGGUGUAUGUAGAUCAAGCCCUGGUCAACAGUAUGAGUGUCGCUGUACUGCAGGCUUCCAUGGCUCUGAAUGUCAGUAUAGAAUUGAUGCCUGCUAUGGAAAUCCUUGCAAUAAUGGAGGCACUUGCAAGGUGUUUGAACCUGGAAGAUAUGCAUGCCACUGUCCCACCGGCUUUGAGGGCGGUCGAUGCGAAGUAAAUAUUGAUGACUGUGUUAACAACAAAUGCAUCAAUGGUGCCACCUGCAUGGAUGGUAUAACCUCAUACUCCUGUUCUUGUCCAGCUGGGUAUAUUGGUGAAUACUGUGAAAAGAAAAUUGCUUUUUGUUCCAAGGAGUUUAAUCCUUGCAAAAAUGGUGCCAGUUGUGUUGAUCAUGGGACAGGAUACGAAUGCCAGUGUAGCCUUGGAUGGUCUGGUAACAAUUGUACUGAGAACUUAGAUGACUGUACCAAUCACAUGUGUCAGAAUGGUGGACAGUGUGUUGAUGGCGUUGGUGAUUAUGAGUGCAAGUGUUCUGGUGACUGGAGUGGUCAGUAUUGUGAGCUGGGUCCCUCUGUCCUAUUACAAACAGAACCCUGCUUACAACAUGAUUGUCGCCAUGGAGUGUGUAUUGUGCCUCAAGGAGAAUUGGAAUAUGUCUGUAAAUGCUCUCCAGGGUACUCGGGUAAAUAUUGCCAACACAUGACAGCUCUGAACUUCAUUGACUCGAGUAGUUUUGUGCAGCUUACCACACCUCCGGUGAGACCGUCGAUUAAUGUCACCAUCAGUUUCACAACACGCAUUGCCAAUGGUGUACUUGUGUAUAUUGGUAAAGACAGACAACACUUAGCUGUGGAAGUGUUUAAAGGUCGCCUUCGAAUCAGCUAUGAUGUGGGAAAUCAUCCAGCUUCAACUAUGUUUAGGUAA